ACCCAGGCGGGCUGGCUCAGUAAAGCGGAGGCAGCGGGGGAAGAUGGCGGCGGCCGUUCCACAGCGGGCCUGGACCGUGGAGCAGCUGCGCAGCGAGCAGCUCCCUAAGAAGGACAUUAUCAAGUUUCUGCAGGAUCACGGUUCAGAUUCGUUUCUUGCAGAACAUAAGUUAUUAGGAAACAUUAAAAAUGUGGCCAAGACAGCUAACAAGGACCAUUUGGUUACAGCCUAUAACCAUCUUUUUGAAAGUAAGCGUUUCAAGGGUACUGAAAGUAUAAGCAAAGUGUCUGAGCAGGUGAAAAAUGUGAAGCUUAAUGAAGAUAAACCCAAAGAAACCAAGUCUGAAGAGACUCUGGAUGAGGGUCCACCAAAAUACACAAAAUCUGUUCUUAAAAAAGGAGAUAAAACCAACUUUCCCAAAAAGGGAGAUAUUGUUCACUGCUGGUAUACAGGAACACUACAGGAUGGGACUGUUUUUGAUACUAAUAUUCAAACGAGUUCGAAGAAGAAGAAAAAUGCCAAGCCUUUAAGUUUUAAGGUUGGGAUAGGCAAAGUUAUCAGAGGAUGGGAUGAAGCACUCUUGACUAUGAGUAAAGGAGAAAAGGCUCGACUGGAAAUUGAACCAGAAUGGGCUUACGGAAAGAAAGGACAGCCUGAUGCCAAAAUUCCACCAAAUGCAAAACUUAUUUUUGAAGUGGAAUUAGUGGAUAUUGACUGAAAUAGUAAAGACAUCAGCAACAAUAAAACACGGCCUUGAAGAAACUUAGGUGUCUAAUUAGAACUGGUUACUACUUUAAGGGAAGAGUCAACUGGAAAAUUCAAGAAGUUAAGUUAGAACUUGUUUACUUGACCCCAACUUCUAAGAAAUGUAAUCCAUUAUAAAUCCUUGAAGUUUAAAAUAUUUUACUACAGCUGUGUAGAAUAUCACUUAAAAAGAACUGACUUGCCUUUUACCUCAUGUUGUAAACUAAAAGGCUCAAUAAAAAUUUAUCCUAUGUCUUGA